AUGAUAAAAAAUGGAUAUCGUUUUAUUAUUCCUAGCCGUGUAUUUGAUACUCGUGAAGCUUUACUUGAUGCAGCUAUAUCUUUAGCAAGUGUUAUUGCUUGCAAGAGUCCUAUAGCUGUACAAGGUUCAAAAAUCAAUUUAAAUUAUGCACGUGAUCAUACUGUAGAUGACAAUUUUACUUUUGUGCGUACAUGGAAUAGUGCUAUGUUAUUGACUGAAGAUAUUGUGAAAAGUCUUAUGACAACAUCGAUAUCAAAGGAAAAAAGUAAACUAUGAACCAAGUGAAAUUGGAUUUGAAGAUUUUUAAAAAUAAACAUUUUCUUUCAUGCAUAAAAUUUUGCAGAAUAUUCCAGAUGACGUCGAAUAGCUUGUUUUAAUUCAUGAUGAGGGUGGAUG